AUGGAGGAGCAGGUUCUUUUGUUCUCUCUUCUCGGCAGGGCUGUCCUCUCUCCAACAGGGAUGGAUUAUCUUGUUUGGACUCCCGAUAAAUCCGACAAAUUCUCGGUAAAGGCUUGUGUUCUUGAACUUGCAAAGGCCCGUCAAAGUGCUCAGAUGGCCCCGAUUAAGAGCCUUUGGAGUGAACUGGUUCCUCACAGGAUCGAAAUUUUUACUUGGUUCGCGGUCCUUCGCAAACUUAACACCAAAGAUAAAUUGGGUCGGCUCGGUAUAAUCCCCUCUUCAAACACAAACUGUAUCUUCUGCAUGAAUCAUAUGGAAACCCACGAGCAUCUUUUCCUCACAUGUGUCUUCUCACGCAAAUUAUGGGAUUGGUGGCUUCAAUUAUGGAAGCUCCAAUGGGCCUUCCCUUCAUCCAUUAAAGAGGUUUUCGAGCAAUGGCAGUAUCCCCAUAAUGGCAUCUUCUUUAAAAAAGUCUGGGCAGCGAGUUUCUUCAUCAUUCUAUGGACUAUUUGGAGGGAGAGAAAUGCUCGAAAUUUCAAUGAAGUAUUCAGUUCAAUAUCACAACUCAAAGACCUUAUUCUACUGCGAUUGAGUUGGUGGAUAAAAGGUUGGGGUGUCCCCUUCCCGUAUAACAGUGCCGACAUAUUGCGAAACCCCUACUGCCUAUUAUGGAGGCCCUCCCUCGCUGGUCCUCGUGGCCUCUCUCCAAUUUUAAACUCCGAUUCAUGGUCCCCGCCUCCUCCGGAUUCACUCAAAUGGAAUGUGGAUGCAUCCCUUCACCCCUUCCGAUUCAAAUCAGCCAUUGGGGGUGUCCUCCGGGAUCACUUUGGAAACUUUAUCUGUCUCUUCUCAUCUCCAAUACCCACUAUGGAUAUAAAUAAUGCAGAGAUACUUGCGAUUCAUAGGGCCAUUAAAUUCACCAGAGCUGUGAGUGGAUAG